AUGGAAGCCAUCACCAGAGUGUCGAUGAAGGUAUGUCCCUUUGUCAAAUCCCACUCAGCCCAGGCGUUACGCCAAAUUAGUCAGAAUUCUUCCUUGGCUAGCGAGGCCCGUCAAUGUCCGUUCAUGAGACAAGCUUUGAAAAAUAAGCAAUCAGUUAGACCUUAUUCCAGUGCCACCAGACCUGUCAAUGCCACCGCAGCACCUGCCACCGACUCCAAGGCUACCAGGUCGACUCCGUACUCAUUUAAAGGUGACCAGUUGAAACAGGUGGAUGUUGAUUUGUCCUCCAAUGAAAACAGCUUUGAUUACUCUGGGUUCAUGGAAACCGAGUUGUCCAACAAGAGAAACGACAAGUCAUACCGGUUUUUCAACAACAUCAACCGGUUGGCCAAUGAAUUUCCCAAGGCCCACAGGACUCAAGAAGAAAACAAAGUAACAGUUUGGUGCUCGAACGAUUAUUUAGGAAUGGGAAGAAAUGGCCUCACUUUGGCAGAGAUGAAAAGGACUUUGGAUAAGUACGGAACCGGUGCUGGUGGUACCAGAAACAUCGCCGGGCACAACCGUCAUGCUAUUCGGUUGGAAUCUGAGUUGGCUACUUUGCACAAACACCAAGCAGCAUUGGUUUUCUCUUCGUGUUUUGUGGCCAAUGAUGCGGUUUUAUCAUUAUUAGGACAGAAGUUGAAAGACUUGGUGAUCUUCUCGGAUGAGUUGAACCACGCCUCGAUGAUUCAGGGAAUUCGAAACUCGAGAGCCAAAAAACAUGUUUUUAAACAUAAUGAUUUGGCCCAUUUGGAAUCAUUAUUGGCCUCUUACCCCAAAAACACUCCCAAAUUGAUUGCGUUCGAAUCGGUUUACUCGAUGUGUGGUUCCAUCGCACCUAUUGAAAAGAUUUGUGAUUUGGCAGACAAAUAUGGAGCUUUAACUUUCUUGGAUGAAGUUCAUGCUGUUGGUAUGUACGGUCCUCAUGGAGCUGGAGUGGCUGAACAUUUGGAUUUCGCUAGUCAUUUGAAGGCCGGUAUCAACCAGCCCGAAAACUCUCAGACGAUUAUGAACAGAAUCGACAUGAUUACAGGUACCUUGGGUAAAGCCUAUGGAACUGUUGGAGGAUAUGUCACUGGUAAGGCCAGUUUGAUUGACUGGAUCAGAUCGUAUGCCCCUGGGUUUAUAUUUACCACCACCUUGCCACCAGCGGUCAUGGCUGGUAGCACAUCUGCCAUCAGAUAUCAAAGAUCCACUUUACAAGAUCGGAUCUUGCAACAAAAGAAUACUCGGUAUGUCAAAAAUAACUUGAACAGUUUGGGAAUCCCCGUUAUUCCUAACCCAUCUCAUAUUGUUCCUGUGUUGGUGGGUAAUGCUGCCGAUGCCAAAAGUGCUUCCGACUUGUUGUUGGAAAAACACAACAUCUACGUACAAGCUAUUAACUUCCCCACCGUUCCUAUUGGACAAGAGAGAUUGAGAAUUACUCCUACUCCUGGACAUGGACCUGAAUUAUCCAACCAGUUGAUCAGUGCUUUAGAUUCGGUUUUUAAGGAAUUGGAUCUUCAAAGAAUCGACCAGUGGGCCGCUGAAGGAGGUUUGUGUGGUGUGGGUGAUCCUGAGGCGGUACCAAUUGAACAUAUCUGGACUGACGCCCAAUUGGCUUUGAAAGACGCCGAUUUGCACCCUAAUGUUGUUGAUCCGGUGAUUGAGCCUAUUGGUGUCAGCUCUGGAGUGGCAGUUUGA